AUGAUCUUUUUGUAUGCUGAGAAAGGGGACUGGGAAAUGGUAGCAAAAGUUAGGAAAGGGAUGAGAGAUAAAGGAGUGAGAAAGGAAGUGGGAUAUAGUUGGGUGGAUAAUGGUGAUGCUGAUGGUUCCUUGUAUCUGCAUGGGUUUUCAUCAGUUGAGAAAUACAGCAUGCUGAAUUUGAAGUCCUUGAAUCCCAUCUCAUUGGUGUGCAGAUCAGUUGAGAAAUCCCUUGAUUUCUACCAGAGUGUUCUUGGGUUCUUUCCAAUUAGGAGGCCUGGCUCCUUCGACUUUAAUGGUGCAUGGCUAUUCAAUUGUGGCAUUGGCAUACAUCGUCUCCAAUCUGAAGACCCUGAUAAAAUGCCCAAGAAGAUCGCCCAGAUUAACCCCAAGGAUAACCACAUUUCUUUCCAGUGUGAGAGCAUGGUCACAGUGGAGAAAAAUUUGAAGGAGAUGGAGAUAGAGUACGUGAAGCGCAGGGUGGAGGAGGGUGGAAUCUACGUUGAUCAGCUUUUCUUCCAUGACCCUGAUGCCACUAUGAUUGAGAUCUGUAAUUGUGACAACCUUCCUGUAAUACCCCUCGCGGGAGAGCCAGUCAGGCCCUGCACAUGUGUCAAUUGCAAUGCCUAG